CCAUAGCUACAAUCGAAGUCCAAUCUGAAGCCAUAGCUUGAAUUGCAAGACUACUCCUAAAGUAUUGGGUUUGAGUUAAUUGUUUUUCUGGGAAAGUGAUAGAAAAAAUGGUUGCUACUGAGGUACCAAUUCUCUCUAGGAUUGACCGAUUGGAUAACAUGUUGAGGCAGUUAGAGGAAAUUAGAGGAUACAACCGAUCACCAAAGAGUUCAUGUGCAUCCACUCCAACAAGUGGAAGUGAUGGACGUAUUUCAUCCGUUGAUUUCUCCCCAAAGAGCUUGGAGAAGCACUGCCGUCCGAUCGAGACCGUGAUAAUGGAGACUGAAGUCAAAGGAACAUUGAUAGAAAGGCUCAAACAAGUGGAGGAUCGAAUGCUGAAGCUAGAGGAAGAUUGGAUGGCAGAGAGGAAGAAAGAAGAAGAGGAAAAGAAAAUGGGAAAGAGGCCAAAAAAGGGUUUGAAACAACUUGUGAAGCAGUGUAUGAUCAAAUCAAAAAGAGAAGAUCAUAAGAAAUAAUAUUAAGUACGAGUUAAUGAAUUACGACCAUUGUAAUUUGUAUAGCUAAGGCACUUUUUGAGACACGGUUUCCAUAGUUGUAUGAUGUUAAUUCUAAUGUUGAUUCCUUUUAAUUUCAUGCAUUUUAUGAGGAUUACAUUAACUUUUUAUCAUAGUUUUGAUCCAAUAAAAUGACUUGUAUAUCUUUUAAUUUUGUUAAGAGGAUACCCUUUAUUGGUUGUUGUUCUA